AUGGAUGAAACAGCGGAAAUCGGCCAAGGGUCGUCAACUGAUGCCAUCGGACAGUUCUCUUUCGCUCCUACAACCCGAACCACAGUCGUAACCACCACGACAACUACAACCACCUCAUUCCCCCCUUUAGCCUUCAAACCCCCACGAGCCCUUAAGGACCUGGAUUCCCGACAGUACCCUCUCGCCGCAGCUCCGACGCCAGAUGCACUAAGGAGUCUCAAGUUUAAAAUCGGUGAUAAAGCUGUCGUGUUCAACGAGCCCGAGGAUAAGACAAAUGCUGCCGCUGAGGUGAGAUCUUAUCCCACUCUCGUCUUCAUUAGUACUAAAACUCACCUCAUACAGUACAAGGAGAGAACGGAGGCCUUGAAGUCUUCAAACGGCCAGAUUCGCUCUGUAAACUCAUUCAUAUCCGCGGAUGAAACCCCCAUUCGGCGGCUACCGACUUCGAGGAUAGCUAGUCAACCACCUCUCAAUACUCGUCGUCGUGCCGUCUCCCCCGCCACCCUGCGUGAUCGUCAACCCUCGGUGGUUGUUCCUCGAACUCGCCCAUCUCGGAUACCUUCCGAGCCCAUCACACGCCGCACCCGCCAAAAUGGGACAAUCUCAACUCAAUCUGCUGCGGGCCUUGCCACCCCGGAUACCGAACACAAUCUGGGGGGAAUUGGCGAAACUGUGGCACCAAGACCGAGAGUUCACAGUGCUGUGUUUCCGCGCAGGGAACCCCCUUUGCCAUCACCUCUGUCCUCUGAAAUCGGAUCUAAGUGCAUACAGACUUCCAACUUGAAUUCGUUCUUGCAGAAUGGGUCGCAUGGAACUCGCCCAAGUCUCGCAAGCCAAGACUCCCAGGCCACUGAACCCGAUGAGGGUUCAAAAUCACUUGAAGCGGCCUCCUUCGGUCACGAUACGACUUAUGGAACCCAGGAAUCUACAUCGUAUGAAGGACCCGAGCCUGUGUCCCAACUCUCAGCAAUAGACAAUGCCAUGGCGCAGGAUAUGUGCCUCCCAAGUCCCAGCCUCUCGCCAGUCGCUGCUAUGAACGCCCUUCAUGGCGAGUCAUUCGACUCGGAGGCGCUUGACAUUGGUAUAGACGCCAGUCUAGAUCACCACCAAGUCUCACGGUUCUCCAAGGCCUUGGGACUGCCGAAUGGCGAGGAGACCCGGGUAAAUGCUCAAUCUGCCAACCCACAGUCACCCCCGUCCCUUCUAGAUAUGCCCAAGGUGUUGGAGUUCUUCGAUGCGGUACCUGAUGAGGUCAAAACUUAUCUCAUGUAUCAGUUCCUUCGAAGGUGCCCUAAACCUACGCUCCAUUUUGUGGCCGACGUGGUUAAUCCAACGUUGAAGUGUGAUUUCCUCGCUCUUCUGCCUCUUGAGCUCAGCCUUAACAUCGUCAAAUACCUCGAUGUCAAGACCAUGUGCCGUGCUGCACAGGUCUCCAAGAAAUGGAGACACAUCACCAAUUCCGAUGAAAAAAGUUGGAAAACCCUCCUCGACCAGGAUGGAUAUUACCUAUCAGAUGGGGAACUGGAACGAGCUAUCAAACAGGGAUGGGGAUGGCAGCUGUCCAACGGCCCUGAAAAUCAUGAAGAAGAUCUCAGCAUUGUGGCCCUUCCCCGCGCUGAUAGGGAGACAUCUCCUGUUCCUUUGAUGGCUGGUCCAAGCGGUAGAAGCCCCCUGGGAGCUUUGUCGGCGAACCGACGAGCUGGAGCUAAGCGAAAGGCAAACACGCGUGCUUCCAGCCGAAAACUUGCCAAGAGGAAGAUCUCCUCCAGCGGCGGAGAAAUCGCGGAACCAGACUGGAAGAAAGGUAUUGCCGCGUCCGAGACCCCGUAUGCCGCUGCCAAUGCUGCCGCCGCAGCUGUGCCGUACGCCGAAGUAGGUCUACCAUCUCUUCGUGGAUUGUUCCUUUUCAAGGUCCUCUAUCGUCGUCAUGUUGCGAUUCGUAAGACAUGGAUGCAGCCGGAUAUCAAGCCCAGACACAUCGCUUUUCGCGCCCAUGACCGUCAUGUCGUUACCUGCUUGCAGUUCGAUGCCGACAAGGUGCUUACGGGAAGCGACGACACCAACAUCAAUGUCUACGAUACCAAAACAGGUGCGUUGCAGGCAACCUUGGAGGGCCAUGAAGGUGGCGUGUGGGCUCUUGAAUACUAUGGCAACACACUGGUCUCCGGAUCUACCGAUCGCUCUGUGCGAGUUUGGGACAUUGAGCGGGCCAGGUGUACUCAGAUCUUCCAUGGCCAUACUUCCACCGUGCGAUGUCUGCAAAUAGUCCUGCCAACUGAAGUAGGUAGGGAUGCAGAUGGGCACCCUGUGGUUAUGCCUAAAGAGCCAUUGAUCAUUACUGGCUCUCGAGACUCGAACCUUCGUGUGUGGAAGCUUCCGCAACCCGGGGAUCCAGCAUACUAUCAGAGUCAUCCUAUACCAGAGGACACCGACUGUCCGUACUUCCUUCGUGUACUCACCGGCCAUACUCAAUCCGUUCGCGCCAUUGCAGCUCACGGCGAUACCCUUGUCAGCGGUAGCUACGAUUUCACAGUGAAGGUGUGGAAGAUCUCAACUGGACAGACCUUGCACACUUUGCACGGCCAUACGAUGAAGGUGUACAGCGUGGUUCUUGACCACAAGCGCAAUCGUUGCAUCAGUGGAGCCAUGGACCACAUGGUCAAGGUGUGGUCGCUGGAUGAUGGAUCCCUUCUGUACAACCUGGAAGGCCAUACUUCCCUUGUCGGCCUCCUUGCCCUGGAGCACGAUUUCCUUGUUUCUGCUGCUGCUGAUUCCACCUUACGAAUCUGGGACUCCGUGCACGGGCACUGCAAGAACACAUUGAGUGCACACACCGGUGCUAUAACCUGCUUCCAGCACGACGACCAGAAGGUCAUCUCCGGGUCCGAUCGCACCUUGAAGAUGUGGGAUGUACGGACCGGCGAGUGCGUCCGAGACCUCCUCACCGACCUCAGUGGCGUGUGGCAGGUCAAAUUCAACGACCGGAGAUGUGUUGCUGCGGUUCAGCGUGACAGCUUGACGUACAUCGAGGUUCUUGACUUUGGCGCUUCCCGGGAUGGUAUCCCAGACAACAAGCUUUCGCAGCGCAUUGUCGUCAAUCGACAUGGGCGGGAGGUCGUCGGCGGCCACGUCGAAGACGCUGAUCUAUCUGAUUAA